AUGAACUUGGAGCGAGUGUCCAACGGGGAGAAGUUGAACCUGUGCCAGAAGUACUGCCUGGGUGGGUUUGCUUUCCUGCCUUUUCUCUGGUUGGUCCACAUCUUCUGGUUCUUCCGAGAGGCCUUCCUUGCCCCGGCAUAUACAGAGCAGAGCCAAAUCAAAGGCUCUGUCUGGCGCUCAGCUGUGGGCUUCCUCCUCUGGGUGAUUGUACUCUCCACCUGGAUCACCAUCUUCCAGAUCUACCGGCCCCGUGGGGGCGCCCUUGGGGACUACCUCUCCUUCACCAUACCCCUGGGUACCGCCUGA